AUUUGCCUCGUGGACCAGCUGUACUCGAAUGGAUGAUUUGUCCGUUGUUGCAUGAAACAACUUGACUCGCCUGGAGGAGAUGAAGGUCUUUAUUAGCUUUCAACACUCGUAAUGCAGCCAUCCUCUGCGAAGUGGUAGCGACGAAGCAUGGGGCGUAUGCGAGCCAACGACAACACAAGACGCUUGACAUGGGGAGUAAAAUGUCCUUCAGCAGAGCAAGCAGUGACCAAAAUACAGUCUCCGAUUUAACGUCUGUGGCAUCGCAUCCUCGCAAUUCUGUUCAUGCGCCUUUGGACUGCAAGCAGAUACCUGAACACAAGAGAGGCUGCGAGGAGGACCUGGACUCUAAGUGGGGGAAGGAAAUGAAAGCAGCAGAGCUGACUCGACCUGCGCCUGAAUCCCACUCAUCGGGGCACGUGGAGUCUGGUGUCCGAGCCAACUCUCAAACAGUCAAUUGUCAACACGGUGAGCCCGUACCUUUAGAGGCAGGGAUGGAAGGAAAGGCUCAACCUCCUGCAAUCGUGUGCAGCUCUACUACAGACAAUCACGGGCACCCUGUACACGUCCGCAGGAAGCCCGGCCGCCCGCGCAAAAUAAAAGCGCCCUCGACUGAAGGCAAAAACAAUCUUGCUUCGGCUGUUUAUGAUGCCGUUCAACAUAAAGAGAUCAGCACGACGAUUGCUUUACCACGAGACGGCCCCUUAAACAAUAAUUCACCUCAUAAUGAGAUGCCUGGUCUUCAUAUUGUUUCUGAUGGUAGGGUAACAGAGAGUGUCCCUGUGCUGACAAAGAGAAAAAGAGGCAGACCAAGAAAAAAGGAGAUUGUAGCGUUUGAGACUUUGGUUGUUAAAGCUGCUGCUGCCGAGGCUCCUGCUGUUUCUGUGAAUAAUGCCACAGGUCUUGCAGGGCGACUGAGGAGUCGAGGUGAACUAAACCCCUCAAAACAGGAAGAAAUACUGGAACCAAAACACAGCAUAGACGCCAAGCCAACUGAAGUGACGCCGACAGAACAAAGUAAUACAUUGACCCCUCAAAGUAUUAAAAGAAGGAGGUCUAAACCGGCUGAUCAGCAAGUUCCAGCUAAAGUGUGCCGGCUGGAAGUUUCCCAGAGGACCUCGUCAACGUUGAUCAUCAACACCAGGUGUGGGGAGAGAGCAAGGACAGAUAAGCAGGUUGAACAAAACGCUUGCAAGCAAGAGGCUGAUUCAGAUGGAAAGACCGGUCCCCUCCGCCAGCACGAGGAGCAGACGGAGUCAAAGGAAGGUGCAUCAGCGCAGGGAAGUUCACAGCCAGCUGAGCCUGAAGUUAUUUCUUUGAGUAGUCUAAAGUUGGCCGAAGAGUCCCGAUCGAAAAGCAGCCUUGAGUCCUCCGGCACAGAUGUGGUAACGUCCUCUAAACAAGCAGCUAAAGCUUUUGCAGUCCCACCUGCCGUGAAAGCUGAGAGUAUUCAGAUAGAGUUGGAUCAUUUAAAUCCUUCAAAUGGGCCUAAAUCUUUACCCUGCAUUGCUAACACCUCGGUUGAAGCUCAAGGUCCAAACAGGGCUUUCCGGCGCAAGAAAGGCGGCAAGAGGAGGAGGAGGAUAAUAAGGAAUGUCUUGUUGCAGAGAGAGCAGCCUGUAGAGGCUCAUGAAAGCAGUGAGGACACUCCACAAAAUGCAGACUAUGGUGGCGAGUAUAAGGAGGCCAACUCUAAUGUCAGCCAUGUAAAAAGGGGGGGCAAAACUCUUUUGAAAUGUGGUUUCUGUGGUCAAACCUUCAAAUUUCUAUCCCAGUUCAUCAUACACCAACGCGUUCAUACAGGAGAACGGCCUUUCAAAUGCCCUGAAUGUGACAAAGGUUUCAGCAAAAAUUCUAACUUAAAUCUUCAUCUCAAGACACACAAGAAGUGCAAAAUAUAUCAAAAAUGUCCAUUUUGCAAGAUCAAAUUCUCUUGCUCCGAGUAUUCCUCUCAUAUGAAAAUGCAUGCUCAAAUGGACACUGAGAACAGCACAACUGACAAACACAGCACGAGGGAAGACCACGAAGACAACGAGGGACUCCAUAGACCCGUUUCACAGGAGAAGAGGGAAAACAAAGUGUGCCAAUAUUGCGGUAAAACGUUCCAGUUUCUGUCGGCCCUCAUAAGACACGUGCGCGUCCACACCGGAGAGAAGCCUUAUAAAUGUGACGUCUGUGGCAAAGCCUUCGGUCAGGCCUACUUCCUCCGCGUUCACGAGCUGACGCACUUGUCCGUGAAGCGCUUCAACUGCACGCGCUGUGAAAAGGCGUUCACCCAUUACAGCAACGCGAGAAACCACAGGUGCCGACCCCCGAAGGGCAGCGAGGCCUCCGAGCCGAGCCGACGCCACAAGCCCGCGCUGACCUACACGUGCCACAUCUGCAAGGACGUCUUGGACCAACUGCAGGAGUUCAACAGCCACAUGAGAGCCCACGCCGGGGCGAAGCUUUACCGCUGCUUGUACUGCGACAAGCUGUUUGGCGUGCUGUCUGAAUUUGUUGCCCAUCGCGGCCGGUGCCGAGGAGAGCGCAGCGUCUCCGGCCCGGCGAAGGAGCACGAGACCAUGUCGCUGAUAGAGUACACGGUGCCGUCGCUGCGGUGUUCAUCGGCGCCCAAUCCAGCGCCGGCUCUCGCGGGCGCCGAUGCCGCCGAGGCGCGCAAAACGACACCGCAGGCCGCUCCCAGGAAGCGCUCGGCCGCGGCCAAGAAGCCGUUCCAGUCGGCGGCUGGCCGCCCGACUCCCCUGGUGUCGAAGUUGAACAGGCUAGACAACCGCUCGGACCCCAAGAGAUACCUCUGCCCGAGCUGCGGGCGCCUGUUCAGACACAUGGGCAGACUGCGAGCCCACAUGCUCACGCACGCCACGCGUCAAAGCUACACGUGUGCCUGUUGCGGCAAGACCCUGGCGACCUGGAGGAAGCUGUGGCACCACCAGAGAGUCCACCGACAGAGGCGCGGACGCUUCACGUGCCCUCGUUGCGGCCAAGGCUUUCGGUUCGUGCAUUCGUAUAAGCAGCACAUGAGCGAGCACCCAGAGUUCCAGUGGAUUGAUGUCAGGCCCCGGAAGGUGUUUCUGCCUUAUCAAUGUGAGCAGUGCAGGUGCAGCUUCAAGACUCUAGAUUUGCUCUUCAGUCACCAGCUUUGCCAUUCCUCGCCACACAAGGAGUCUGAGUUUGAUUUAUCCGUAGAUGAUCAUACACAGAUGUCGUUCCCUCCCACCGACCACCGCGCGGCUUCGUUGCAUUUGGAUCCUGUGGAAAACCACGAUGGUUCUCUCGGCCCCUUCCCCAAACGUCCCGACAGAUCAACGCAAGAGUCGCCUCAAGCUCCCACAAUGCCCAUCGUCAAAAGCAACGGUCCUGGCAGCACACAAUCGAUCCACGAUGGAGAAGCCGGUGGUGAUAUAAUAGAUGAAAAAACGUUUGGUGAAACAAUUUAUCCGUCGAGAACUGUGAAAAGACACAUUAGCCCAAAUUGCAGCGUACCGAAUGAGGCGUCUGCAGACGGCGUUAAGUGUGCGGUGUGUGGCGAUGCAUAUGCUGGUAUUUCAGACCUUUAUCACCAUUAUUUGCAGCAUGCGAGAGGCCAGUUGUGAUGAGCCAAAUGGAGUUACCCCUUUUGUGUUCAUGGUCACAGAACUCCAUAAAUACAGAACUGCCUGGUGAGGUUACGGGAAAUAAAAUGCAUCAGAAAUCAUUUGGAAUAUUUGUUUACAACCAUUUGUUAAUCCUGUCAUGCCUGACUGUUUACAGAUUAUGAAUUAGGGGUAUUUUUGUUUUUCAUUUAGUUUAUGUAAUUACAUUUCUGUCCAUCCACGUGUCAAAAAGAUGCUCCAAAUAUUUUGUACAAUUCGUGCAUUGACGGCAGCAAGAAUCACUGUUUUUAAAUGGCUUUAUAUGGAAAAUAUGUUUGAAAAAACUUUGCCAUUAAACCUUCUGGCAACUUUAUUGUGUAACAGGAAAGUACCCUGCACUGGUCAGGGGGGAGGAUGGCACACAGACUUCCUUCCUUCCUUCCAAAAAGAAGUGGUGAUUUUACGCAGUUCGAACUCCUCCUCUUGGUAUUUCAUUUUUGACCAAUGGUCAUUUUUGUUUAAAUGUGGUCAUUUCAAAUCAUGCAGUUUUUAUCUUGUCAUUCAUUAUGUUGAUGUGAUUUGUUUUCAGACUGGUUUGCUCUCCAACAAAGACAUGUAUUAACAUUUUGCAUUUACAUUAAAAGCAAAUAUGGGCUCUAUAUGAACUGCACAAGCACAGGACAUAUAAUGGCAUUGAACACAUUUUCAAAACCUUUUGAAAAUUUGUCAUGCUUCAAUAUACGUUUGAUUUUGUUAUCGUCUUAAUACCAAUAAAGGCCAUUUUUAUAUUGAUAUGUGUACAUGUUCAUCAUUCAUCAUUAUUGCUUGGCAAAAGAAGUAACUUGUGAAUUAACUUCACAACAUUUAACG